ACAGUUUGCCUGACCAUAACACUAUGGCAAGGGAUUUCAGACCAAAAGCAGCAAGGCAAGCAGCAGCUGCUACUGCAAAGAAAGGUGGUGCAAAGCAGAUUGAAGGAAAGGCAACUGCACCAGCUCAGGCUCGGGAGAAAGAAGAUGUCCAAGAAGGAUCUUCAUCAGAGGAGGAGGAAGGUGAAGACGAAAAUGACGAGGAAGAAGACAAAGAGACUUUACUCAGAGAGAUAAGAGCGCUCGGUGGAGACGAAAAAGAUCUCGAAUUGAUCAAUAGCGUCAAAGGAAAAGGUAGAGAGACUGAUGAGGACGGCGAAAUGGAUCCCGCUCUACAGAAAGAGCUUUUGUCAUUCAUGCAAGCUUUGGAUUAUAAAGGCGCAGGAGUAGUCGCUCCUUCUUUCGAUUCGGUGAAGUCGAAUGGUAAAAAGGAGUCUACCAAAGAUGAAGCAGCAGAUGACAGAAAACAGAAAGAAGAGAAUAAGAGAAAAGAAAGAGAGGAAAAGCGAAAGCAGAAAGAACGCAAAGCCGAAGAAAAGAAACGCCAAGAGAACAAUCCAAAGCAGAACACCAAGGCUGCAGUCGAUCAGCCGAUCAAACCCAGUGUUGCAGAAGUGGAAUCGAACGAAGUCAAGUCACAGAAACAAAAGGCUGGAUUUGUGAUGAUACCGACUCCACAAUGGAGCGAGGUAGAAAUGCCUGAAUUACCUGCAUCAUCUUCCUCUACCAGUCGACCUCUUUCUCAAGAUUCGAUUCAUCGUCUUCAGGGUAUUGCUGAAGAGCUUUUGCACAACGAACGUAACACAUAUGUGCAAUUGACCAAUAGUGGGAAAACAGGCAGUGGUGGACCAGGUCUUUUGAGUACAUCUGAUGCUCGUUUCAUCAAUGAGCUUUUGGCACCUGGAGCACGCGGUGGUACAUUGUCAGAUCGAAUUGCCGCUCUCACCUUGCUCCUUCAAACGAGCCCCCUUCAUAACGUUGAUGCAAUGGAAACUUUACUCGCGAUGGCAGGCAAGAAAGGUAGAGAAGAAAGCGGAAAAGCAACUCGUGCAUUGUCAGAUUGGUUGGCAAGCGGAGUGGGAUUACCAGAGAGAAAACUUCGAUACUUCCGCGAUCAGCCUCAAUUGGCACUGAUGGCUGAUCUACAGAACGAUAGUUCUCUUCGAGGAAAAGCAAAGCAUCCGCUAGAUAUGCACCUAGUAUUCGCAGCUUAUGAAGAUAAGCUAAAGCGAUUCAACUUUGAAUUCCUAAAAUUGUUGGAAACGCAAAGUCAUGACACUUUGCCAUUCGUUCGCAAACAAGCAGUGACACACAUUUACGUUUUACUGAAAGAGAAGCCGGAACAAGAACAAAAUCUGUUGAGAUUGCUCGUAAACAAGUUGGGUGAUGCCGAUCGUUCUGUCGCAAGCAAAGCCAGCAGUCAUCUUUUGAACCUUUUGAGCUCACAUCCUGCUAUGAAAUCAGUAGUGACGAAUGAAGUGAGCAAUUUGGUCAUGCAUGCACCCAGUGGAUCUCGUAUGCAAAAGGGCAAAAGUGCAGGUCCAAAUGCACACGCACAAUAUUUCGGUGUUUUGACAUUGAAUCAAACCAUGCUUUCGGCUGAGGACGAAAAGGUCGCCAAUCGAUUGGUUCAAUUGUACUUUGAGCUAUUCGAAGGUCUUUUGCAAGGAAUGGCUCAUAAAGCUGGCGGGAAAGAGGAACCUGACAGCACUGAACCAAAAGAGAAGCGGGACAAAGGGAGAUGGAGAGAUGGCAAGAAAGGAGGUAAUAAAGGUGGCAUGCAAAAAAGUCAAAAGAAGCAAAGGGAAGAAGAAGAAGAGGCAAUUCAAGAUGCUGAUGCAAAGAUUAUCGCUGCCAUUUUGGCCGGUGUACGACGUGCUCUACCGUUUGCAAAGAUUGAUGGUGGCAUUGUUGACAAGCACAUGGAUAUGCUCUUCCGUAUUACUCAUUGCUCGACAUUUAAUAUCUCUAUUCAAGCAUUGCAACUUAUUCAACAAGUUUGUCUGACCGGACACGGUAAAGCAUCAAUGGACAGCCUCGCUUCUACGAAACUACAAGAUCGCUUCUAUCGUGCGUUAUACGCAUCUCUGCUCGAUCCACGCUUGGCCAAGACGAGCAAACAGGCCAUGUACUUGAACCUUGUUUUCAAGGCGGUGAAGUUUGACUUGGACGAUGCAAGGACAAAAGCGUUUGUUAAGCGUCUUACGCAAUUGCUCAACAGUUCUGAGCCUCCAUUCAUCUGUGGUUCCCUGUACCUUCUCGGACAGCUGUUUAUCGCCAAGCCAGGUCUCCGAACGAUGCUGAAAGAUGCGGAAGAAGAUGGCGAAGAACAUUUUGUUGAUGUGGAAGAUGAAGCAGACAAUCAAGAAGAUGAUCCUGAUAAGAGCAAGAUGUCAACUUCAUCAAAAUCGCAAGCUCGUGUCGAUUCUUCGUACGAUGGCUUGAAGCGUGAUCCCAAGUAUGCCCGUGCAAAUGCAUCUUGCUUGUGGGAGCUCGUGCCUCUUUUAUCACAUUUCCAUCCUUCGGUUUCUCUAUGUGCUGCUCAAUUACUCACGUCUCAACGAAUUCACACAACGGCAGAUUUGACAUUACACACACUGGCCCAUUUCUUGGACAGGUUUGUUUAUCGUAAUCCAAAGAAGAAUGUUGCUAUCAGCAAAGGUGCAAGUUUGAUGCAACCUGCUCUCCAUGCAAAUGGUAUUGAUGCCGGUGUGAUGCGUCUGCGUGGUCAAGGUAUUCAAAAGGAUGAAUUCGUGAACGAUGAAGCUUUCUGGCGUAAGCAAGCCAAAGACGUACCUGCCGAUCAAUUGUUCUUCCACAAGUACUUUAAUCUGCGUCGUGGUCCAACCAAAGACGAGGAAGCAAAGAAGGACAUCUCUGACGCUGAAGACAUGGAAAGCGAAGAUGAUAUCGAAGGAGACGAGGAUGUGUCAAAUCUAUCUGAUGAAGAAGACUCAGAGAUGGAGAAGGAAAUUUGGAAGGAAAUGCGCAGAACCAUCCCUCGCGAAGGAGGCGAUGAUAUGUUGGACGAAAGCGAUGUGGACGAAGAUGACGAUGACGCUGAUCUUGAAGCUGCUUUACGUGAUGCACAAUCUUCCGAUGAUGAAGAGCUUCAAGGCUUGGAUGAUGAUGAGGAUGAGGAUCUAGAAGACUCUGAUGAAGAAGAUCUUGAAGGUGAUUUUGAUGAAGAUGAAGACGAUUUGUUGCCAUUCCAAUUCGGCUCAGAUGAUGAAGAAAGUGAUGUCGAUGCAAGUGCCCCUUCAACAAAAGAUCGCAAGCGCAAAGCAGAUGAUGCUGAGGAAGAGGAAACAGAUAAGCCCAAGAGCAAAUCGCAACUGCAACGUGCCGAACGUAAGAAACGCAAAGCAAUGCCAACGUUCGCGACCGCAGACGAUUAUGCUCACCUUCUGGGUGGCAGUGACGAUGAGUAAAUACAUAGCUCUAGAUAUCAUUAAUGUACUGUAUCGAAUGCAAUAGUAACACACACAUUCUCUC